AUGAGCCCUAUUCAUCUGAAAAAUACAAGUGAGAACCGAUCAGAACAGCGCCUCCUGUUUUUGAGACGACGAUGGCGAACCCUCGCGUGUUCUUUGACAUGUCCGUCGGCGGCGUUCGGGCGGGUAGGAUCGUGAUGGAGCUGUUUUCCGACGUGGUGCCGAAGACGGCGGAGAACUUCCGAGCGCUGUGUACCGGCGAGAAAGGAGUCGGGCGGUCUGGGAAGCAGCUACACUACAAGGGCUCGAGCUUCCACCGCGUGAUCCCCGGAUUCAUGUGCCAAGGCGGCGACUUCACUCGCGGCAACGGCACAGGCGGCGAGUCCAUCUACGGCGAGAAGUUCGCCGACGAGAACUUCGUGAAGAAGCACACCGGCCCCGGUGUUCUCUCCAUGGCCAACGCUGGGAAGAACACCAACGGUUCGCAGUUCUUCAUCUGCACCGAAAAGACUGCGUGGCUCGACGGUAAGCACGUGGUCUUCGGCCACGUCGUCGAGGGGCUGGACGUGGUGAAGGGGAUCGAGGAGGUCGGAUCCCAGAGCGGUGCCACCAAGAAGCCCGUCGUCAUCGCCGACUGCGGCCAGCUCUCGUAGACGAACUUCAUCCCCUCCGCCGCAAUUAGUAAUAACGUUAGAUUUCGUUUUUGUUGUGGGUUGUGUUGGUGACGAUCCGUGAUAAGGGAUGAAUCCGGCGAUCAUUCACUUCCGGAUCUGGUUCUUCCUUCCGCUUCAUGUCUGUUGAGUCUUCGAAUGAUGUUCGGAAAAUGAAAAAUCGAUAGAUUGAUAAUUC